AUGCUGGGCAUCCAACGACCUCACAUCAAAGCUCGCAUACUACCCAGGCUUACUGUGAGCUUCACAAAAGAUUGUCAUUUAUCCCAGCAGGUCCGAUCGACACGUAAUCGGCCGGUUGACACAAGUAGUAGUCACUACUUCAAAUACACCUCUGGUCGGUGGCUUAUCAAUGGGGCGCACCAACUCCAAACGCGCCAUGUCAACUUCAACGUGCCAGCGCUACAGCGGAUUGCCGGUCAAUUGAUGGGAAGCCGAUGUGUUCAAAUGGACAAGAUGCCCGAGGGGCUUUUCAACAAGGUGUUUUCUUUGCAGAUGGAGAAUGGGAAGGAGAUUUUGGCGAGAAUCCCGAACCCGAAUGCCGGCCAUGCCCAUCUUGUUGUGGCAAGUGAAGUCGCCACACUUGACUUUCUCCGAACCGUUCUCAAGAUACCGGUCCCCCGUGUUAUCUCGUGGAGCUCUUCCCCGGAGGUGAACCCCGUCGGUGCUGAAUACAUCCUAAUGGAGAGGGUGGAAGGCCAGCAGCUAAGCGAUGUUUGGGACGAUAUGUCCGAAGCUCAACGCUUCGGGCUUGCAAAGAGCUUAGUGGGGAUCGAAAGGAAGUUGGUGAACGCAAAAUUCGCCUUGCAUGGCAGCCUGUACUACCGAGAUACAUUUCCACGGGGAAGAGGCAUUGCUGCCCUGGAAAUAGCAGACCAAGAGGGCCCAUCCAAAUUCGUUCUGGGUCCGACCACGCAGCGGUCCUUCUGGGGAGACGAGGAGCGCGGAUUGGAGAUGGACAAGGGUCCGUGGGAAACGGCCCAGGAGUAUUUCGCCGCUAUCGCAAAGCGGGAGAUAUCACGUAUACGGACUGCACACGGCAGAUCCAGCAGUGUCACUGCACCUGUGGGCAACACGCGACGAAGGCGUGAUGCUCACAUCCAGCUCCUUGAGCAAUUUCUAACCGUGCUGCCCUACAUCCUACCACGCGAAGAGAUCCUUACGCCGGUCCUUUUGCACUCGGACCUCCAUCACCAUAAUAUCUUCGUCGAUCCGUCCAAUCCCACUAAAAUCUCCAGCAUAAUCGACUGGCAAACCGUCCACACCGCCCCAUUGUUCAUGCAAGCGAGGUUCCCUUCGAUCUUCAACUGCGACGACAUAUACCCAUGGGGAGCGGUCCAACCCAAGCUACCCGAGGAUUUCGAAACCCUCUCGGCGGCCGAAAAACGACAAGCGGAAGAUCAGCUUGACCGGCUCCGAUUGAAAAAGUUCUACGAGCUGGCGUCACGGAAGUUCAACCCGGCGCUUAUCGAUGCGAUGGACAAGAUGCGAGAUGAUAGUGACCCGACUACUUUCCUAUUUCAUAUUGUCGAACGGUCUUCCGAGGACGGGCUAAUGCUAUUGAAGGAACUGUUGAUCCAGGUGUUUGAGCAAUGGGCUUGUAUUAUGAAACGGCGAGGCUCCACCGAAACGUGCCCUAUCUCAUUCUCGAGAACCGAGAUCGAAGAGAGUCGGCAGCAGGUCGGAGCCUGGGCAGCCGCGUUUGGGGAAUAUGAUGGUCUGCGGGCGGAACUGCUCGGUGACGAUGGCUGGGUCUCCCAUGAUGACUACGAGGAAGCGAGGAGCAGGUGGGAGAAGAACAAGGCGACUCUGGAGAGCUUACGGGAACGAUUGGAGACCUUGCUCUGA